AUGAGUACGCCUCCGACCACUCCAAACACCUCGCCAAACGCCGAAUCCAAGCAGCAAAACACCUAUGCCAACGCCUCGAUCCUGACUCCGCCCACUUCCCCACGGCAAAGUCGAUCUUCUUCCAACAUCUUAGAACUUACGACGCCCAUUUCCGCUGCAGUCACGCAAUCUCCUCCGGGCCCUACGUUGAAGUUGAAGGACGCCCGACUAGAUCCCAUCCAAACGGAUGUUGGCAGCCAGAGCGUGUUGACUGAGACAAAUGUCACCGAGUGUCCUUUUGAUGUUGAGAUCCUCAAGGAUGAGUGUGGUCGAGAUGCGGUCUUUGGGUCCGGCGCCUGGAGCACUGUCUACAAAGCUACCACCCACCCCAAACAGCGAACUGUCUCGGGUUCCUUGACACCGCCGCUCUCCCCAGCAUUUGCCCUCCCGGUCCUUGUGGCAGUCAAAAAACCAGCCCGCCGAGACGCCAUUUCCAUUCUGAAGAGUGAGGCCAACAUCCUCACCUACCUCCAAACCAUCCCUAGUAGCGACGAAUACGUCGUUCCCUUCUACGGCACCGUCGACGAAACCUCGUUGGUCCUCGAAGCCAUUCCAUUCAGUCUCGAGGACCAUAUCCGGCAAUGCGCAGCUGUUGCUGCCCAAAAUCGGUCGACUUGGACCAUGGCAGACCCUGUCCUCGGCAGUGAUGCGAAAUGGUUUCAUCUGGCACGGCAACUCAUUUCGGCCCUGGUGUGGCUCCACAAUGAUGCACGAGUCGUUCACGGCGACAUCAAACCCGGCAAUCUCCUCCUGAAACACGUCCAAGGAUCAGGAGUCGACGUUUCCUUUCAGCCUAUCUUCGCCGACUUUUCGUCAGCCCAACGGCGGGACACCGAAGAUACCACGGCGAACACGCUCUCGGCCGUCACGAGAGAGUAUACUGCCCCCGAACUUCUCAACUCCAAAGUCCUCCGCGAUCCCACGUCGACGGCCACACCUGCUUCGGACGUCUUCUCCACGGCAAUCACGUUACUGGUUGCGGCGACAGGGCAGCUGCUGGUGUACCCCGGCUCGGUAUUCCAGCGGCAGGCAAUGGCUACCCAAGGCUGGAUGGUCCUGAAUUACGCCAGGAACGGAGAACAAGGUUCAAGAGUACCCAGAUUCGGUAUCGUUGAGAGGGUGUUGGAACGGGCAGUUUUGAAGGCCGACAUGGGAAGGGUGAGCUCACAAGAAUGGCUGGGGAUCAUCGAAACCAUUGCACAAGGCGAUCCUGUGAAGUUAUGA